GGCUGAAGAUGGCCAAUGAGGCUGCUGCGAAGAACCGGGCCAAGAAGCAGGAGGCCUUGCGGAGAGUGACGGAGAACCUGGCCAGCCUCACCCCCAAAGGCCUCAGCCCGGCCAUGUCUCCAGCCCUGCAGCGCCUUGUGAGCAGGACGGCCAGCAAGUACACAGACCGGGCCCUGAGGGCCAGCUACACGCCAUCCCCAGCACGAUCGACCCACCUUAAGACCCCGGCCAGCGGGCUGCAGACCCCCACGAGCACACCCGUCCCGGCCUCUGCUGCGCGCACCCCCCUCACGCUGGACCCGGCCUCCAUCACAGACAACCUGCUGCAGCUCCCCACCCGGCGCAAAGCCUCGGACUUCUUCUAGAGCCAGGCCCGGGCUGGGCCCGUGGACACUUUGUGGAGCCUGCAGGGCAGCUGUGUACCCAGCAGAGGACUCUUGCCUUCUGGGGACCCAGGCCCGGGCCAAAAGUGGUCGCCCAUUGCAGGAACCACAGGAGGAAGGUGCCGUGCCGCAGCCAGGCUGGCACAGGGCACGUGCCCACCCUGUACUCUGGGUCCUUGCC